AUGAAUUUGCUAACAAUAAAAAGAAUAGUAAUAAUAUCUUUGACUACAUACUCAUUUCUCUUCCACAUUAUACCUAAUUUGACGGUACCUAUAGUGCAUUCUAUAAAACUGGCUGAAGAUCAUGAUAAAGUAUAUGGUGUAUAUGGUUGGUGCGAGAAACACCACGAUAAUAUUUGUACUAAAAGACGUAUUGGCUAUCCCACAAAAAACCUGAAUGCUUCGAAUCCAAAAAAUUUUUUACCAUCGUUUACUAAUAUCCGUGUUACCAAAAUCCUUGUGGUACAUCCGAUAGCCUUGGUAUUUGAAUUUCUACUCUGGGUAAUGGUCAUUUUGUCAUCUACCAAUAGAUACAAAAAUAACACUAGAUUCACCUUAAUAUGCGCAUUAUGGUCCUUGCCUACAUUUUUAUUAGGUCUUUUAUGUUUAUUAGUCGAUGUAUUACUGUUUCUGGAUGCUCUAUCAUGGUUAGGAUGGAACCUGUACCCAGUAACGUUGGCAAAUGCUAUAUCCAGUACACUAUUAUGGUCGUUAAAGCGUAACAUUGCAACGCUUAGGUAUGAAGCUCUGUCUAACAGAGAAAAUGUCGCAAGCCAAAGCAAUAACGCAGACCCAAUAGAAGUAUACUCAAUAAUUGAUAUUGAAUCUGCUUCUGAUGAUGGCUCAUUGCUUCUGAUGUCGUCAAACAGAAGUAAAAAUGUGUCUAUUCUACAACCCACUCAUUCUUAUACAGUAGGUUAA